CCUCUGCCUUUAGCAUCUCUCAGGAUUCAAUGCACCCAUCCAAUGGCAAGUGGAAAUCACACCACAACACCUGGCUUCAUCCUCUUGGGCUUCUCCAACCUCACAAACCUGCAGGGUUUGCUCUUCGUGGUCUUCCUGGUCAUCUACAUGGUGAUCCUGCUCGGGAAUGGUGUCAUUGUCUUGGUCACGGUGCUGGAUUCUGCCCUUCAAACCCCCAUGUAUUUCUUCCUCAGGAACUUGUCCUUUGUGGAGAUCUGCUACUCCUCUGUCACCCUACCCAAGAUGGUGGCCAGUUGCCUGGCAGAGGAUGGAAGCAUCUCAUUCACCGGCUGUGCUGCCCAGAUUUAUUUUUUCCUUUUACUAGCUGGCACAGAGUGUUUCCUUCUGACAGCCAUGGCCUAUGACCGUUACGUGGCCAUAUGUAACCCCUUGCGUUACAUACUUAUUGUGAACAGGGAGAUUUGUGCUACAAUGGUAGCUGGGUUGCUUGUCAGCAUCCUGCUACACUUUGGGCAGACGUAUUUGGUGUUUUCUUUGCCCUUCUGUGGGUCUCAUGAAAUUAACCAUUUCUUCUGUGAUGUCCCCCCCCUGCUGGAGCUGUCCUGCGUGGACACCUACAGGAAUAAAAUGGUUAUCUUCAUGGCAGUCCUGCUAUUCCUAAUCAUCCCCUUUUUCUUGAUAGUUAUUUCUUAUAUUAAAAUUGCCAGGACAAUUUUGAAGAUCCCAUCAGCCCAGGGCAGGCGCAAGGCCUUCUCCACCUGCUCCUCACACCUCAUUGUGGUGACUCUGUUCUAUGGCUCUGGCAUGAUUGUGUAUUUAGAACCAAAGUCAAAGGAGUCAGUGGACACCGACAAACUGCUCUCACUGUUCUACACCAUUGUGACUCCAAUGUUCAAUCCCUUCAUAUAUAGUCUGAGGAACAAGGAAGUGAAAGCUGCCCUAAGGAAAUUAGUAGGGAGAAAAUGA